AUGGAGGCUCCAGUAGAUCAGCCCGACGAGUCUUUGGCUACCAGCAGCAAUGACAGCCAUAUCACCAGCAGUCCCAAGAAAAAGGUCCGGCUUGUCGAUCUCCUCUACGACACCAUCCUGCUCGAGAAAGCAACCGCCUCGCGGUCCAACAAAUUCGACCCGACCCUUCUUGAAUCAACCAAACCGAACUAUGCCUUUGUUUCGUUCGAGGAGCUGACAGCCGGGUUCAAGCUCGCUCAGGAAACUUGUCGAAUCUACCACGAAGGACACCCUGGGGAUGCUGGGAGCGCCGCAAUGGAGUCGCAGUUUAAGCAGGCGGGUUUGAGUGACAACAAGAAAAUCCGCGAGUACAUCCUCGCGAAUGGAGGCUGCAACGGGGUUGUUUUACCGCAACAUGAACAGGGUCCCGAUGAAAUUCAACAAGAUGAACAGGAGGACGACUUGGAGCCAAGGGUCCUUAUUCCAAAGGAGGAGGAUAUGUCGAUUUCGGAGGGUAUCCAAGUCCCGAUCCUUGAUCGAACCCACAUCCAACGGUUUGAGGGACUCUACGCUGAGGCCGAAUCAGCAUGUCAGGAUAUGAUUGCUCGAGUUGUCUACAGUCUGCGAACGAAACUGUGGAACCUGAUGGUACAGGCCGCGGAGCAGGAUCGUGUGUUGGACCAGGCGAUCUUUCUGUACACAUCAAGGUCCUUCGAACUGAAAACCAAGAAGACGAAACAAAAGGCUGUCGAGAAAUCUGGCAACAGCGCAAACCAAGCACUGUCACACAAGAACAGCGAGCAUGCAGCGGCGAUCGCACACCAGUUGGCGGGACUCGUUAUCAGUACGGAUCGGAGUAGAGUCACGUAUGGACUUCAGGGACAAUUUGAUCUUCCUGUCGUGAUACCGCAAAAUGAUGCCUAUGAGAAAGUCAGCGCGCCCAUGAUGGCGCUUUAUCAACGCCUGGUGCCAAGUCAGGAUUAUAGGACCAAGCGGACGGGACUCAUCAAGAAGCUCCAGGCACUCCUGGACUCUGCCUUCCCGGGAGAGAGCCUUCGUUUAGAGGUCUUUGGUUCAUAUGCCAGUGGACUGGGAUCAGAGUCGAGUGAUGCAGACUUGUGUAUCACAACGACUACGUUCCAACAGACAAAAUCAUAUAACAAUAUGCGCAUAUUGGCGACAGUUUUGCGACGGGCAGGUAUGAUUCAAGUGCAACCGAUCACGAACGCUCGAGUGCCGAUCGUCAAGUUUGUGGACCCAGUCUCGAGGAUUAACUGCGAUAUCAACACGAACCAUGUUCUUGGGAUCCACAACAGCGAGCUGAUACGAUGCUACACGCUCAUCGACGAUCGUGUACGACCAUUGCUGUACAACAUCAAAGCCCUUGUCAAGAAGCAUCAAAUCAAUGACUCCAGUCAGGCUUGGCUUAGCAGUUAUGCCUAUGUGAUGAUGGCGAUCGGAUUCUUGCAAGCGCAGGAGCCGCCGAUCUUGCCGUCAUUGCAGGCACAACCCCAGGAGCGCAUGAGCGCCCUCUUUGUUCAAAUGGAUCACGAGGGCCGAGGAGGCAAGGACAUGAUGGACUGCACAUUCGACCGCGAUUUUACCCGGUACAAGGAUUUCGGAGCGGCGAAUACGAAGUCGGUCGGCCAGCUCUUGAUCGAGUUCUUCGAGUACUUUACGCGUUAUUUUGACUACCAGACUAAGGAGGUCAAUGUUCGACUUGGUGGAGGGGUCAGGACACGCGAUGAGAUUACGAGAGCCAGGGAGAAAGCAGCACGGAAUGACGGCAACAACAAACGGUUACCGCAGCAUGGGAAGGGGGAGAAAAAGCUGGUGGUCAUGGACCCGUUUAUUCGAGACCGCAACGUAGCGGGAUCAUGUACGGGGCGACACCUGGUUAGAGUGUGGAAGAUCUUUGAGGUGGUGUAUCUGAACUUGAGUAGGGGCGAAUUCGAGAAGGCGCUUGAACCCAUCUCUGAGUAUGCGCUUGAACAGUACAGCGUGCCGCUGUGGCAGCGGCAGCGGCAGCAACAGCCGAAGCAGCCGAAGCAGCCGAAGCAGCCGAAGCAGCCGAAGCGUCCGACACAGACUCAGAAGCAAUCGCAGAAGCAGUCAGUCCAAACGAGUGCCGUACCAGUCGCUGUCGUUACAACCGCGGGAGCUCCGGAAACCCAUCGGCCGAGGGAGAGAAAGACUGAGUGGAAGCAUGAGCGAAAGAGAGAGCAGCUUCCGAAAUCCACAUCAGCACCCGUUCUGCCUAGUGCUGAUGUACCAGGGCCAGAGAAGACACCGUCGAUCAGGACAGAUAUGGCAACAACCUUACAACCUGCAACUACAGCGCCGGCAGUUCCUGCAGCCCAUCCGGCGCACAAGGAUCGUGCAAAUGAUGAGAACAAGAGCGCUGGGGAUGAAGACGGUGGCCACAAAGACGAUCCUCGCACCAACCUAGAGUCAACGUCCCGACAACGCAGGUACAGGAGGGCUACGGCGCGAGCGAUGCACUAUACGCAGAAUUCUGUCAAUACGACAUCGAAGCAGCGGAAUCAAGAUUCUUUGAAGGUUUCUGCAGCAGGGCCUACUGCCGACUCUGCUGCUAAUGCGGUGCCCUCACAGACAGGGCGCAGAGUCACUCAAACGAAGCCGAUACAGGUCCUUAACGAUCAGAAGAGCUACAAUGAUCAGAUCAACCAGUCCCACAGCCACGUCAGGGACACAGCCGCUAUUCCGAAGAAGCAGGGCUCACAACAACAGCAACGGCAACAUCAACAGCAAUACCAGGAGUUUCCUGUCCUACCAAAGACACAGGUGCUGUUGAACGGGACCAAAAGCGCAGGAUCGGACUCAGGAUCAACAGCAAACAAUGGAGGCACCAACAGCAACAGUUCGUCCUCAAAAUCGAAGCGAGUAUCCAAGGCAGCAACAGUAAAAAAGGCGUCAACAGAUGGAUCCAAGCAGACACCUUAG